GGGGAAGAAGAAACUCCUUUUCUCGUGUGCUCUUCUCUGCUGUCAUUCACUCGGCUCCUUUCAGCAUCCAGCCAAUGGAGAGUGAGGGCCCGGGAGCAGUAGGCCUUGGGUAGCGUGAUUGAUGGGCAAGCGGGGCGCUCACACUCGCACUCCGCCGCGCUCCGCUCUGCUCCUCUCCGCGGGGCUCCCGGCUCCCCACCGCCCGCGGCGGCGAGGGGUCUCCGGGGCACCUUCGUGGGGGUGUGGGUCUGUGUGUGUGUGGCUUGGGUGAGCGACUCUUGGCUUGGGGUGGUGGCGUCUUGGUGGCGGUGGGGUGCUGGGACUCAUCGGAGCGGGUGGGGUGUUGCGUCCCUGCUCCCGGAGGCUUUUGGUCCCGUGGGGACGUGGGGGACGUCUCGGUUGUGUCUCGAGUGUGCAGCUCCCGAGCCCCUGCGGGGCACGACUGUCGUGUCCUGGGCUGCGGGGCUGUGCAGCUCCCGUGCCCCAGUUGCGCAUGGCUCUGCUGCUGGCUCUGUGGGCUGAGCGUGUGGCUGCCGUGUCCUGGCAGUGUGUGGCUUUGCUGCUGGUUCUUGGGGUGAGCGAACGCUGUGCUAUGGGACUGAGCGUGUAGCCGGUGUGUCCGGGUUGUACGCGGCUCCGUUGCCGUGUUUAGGGGCGGUGAGGAGCUGUGCUGCCCGGCCCGGGGCGGAGGUCCGGCCCCGGUGCCCCGGGGCGUUGUACGCGGCUCCGCUGCCGGGGCCGGGCGGCGGCUCCCGUCCGGCGGCAUGGAGCACCUCGGGGCUCACCACCUGCACCAAGGCCAAGCCGAGCCCAUCAGCUUCGGCAUCGACCAGAUCCUCAACACGUCGGAGCCAGGCAGCUGCAUGGUAUCGCACCCGCGGCUGCAGGACUCGGCGGACUACGGGUUGGGCUGCAUCGUGGGCAGCGCCUACAACACGGUCACGGGUGGCUACGGGGCGAGCGGCGGUGCGGCCGGCGCCUACACCGGUACCUCCUGCAGCAUGGGCGGCCUGCCCGGCUCCUACAACGUGAACAUGGCGGUGAGCAUGAACGGCAACACCUUGAGCUCAGCCGGGGGGGUGAUCCGCGUCCCGGCCCAUCGCCCUGUGGCCAGCGGCGUGCACCAGCCCCUCUCCGCCGCUGUACCGGCGGUGAACGGCAUGAACAGUAUCACGGGGCUCACCUUCCCUUGGAUGGAGAGCAACAGGCGGUACACAAAAGACAGAUUCACAGUGGCCCUCUCACCCUUCACUGUAACACGCCGUAUAGGUCACCCCUACCAGAACCGCACGCCCCCCAAGAAGAAGAAGCCGCGCACCUCCUUCACCCGCCUGCAGAUCUGCGAGUUGGAAAAGCGUUUCCACCGGCAGAAGUACCUGGCCUCGGCUGAACGCGCUGCCCUGGCCAAGGCCCUCAAGAUGACUGAUGCCCAGGUGAAGACCUGGUUCCAGAACCGACGCACCAAGUGGAGGAGGCAGACAGCAGAGGAGCGGGAGGCUGAGCGGCAGCAAGCAAACCGUAUCCUCAUGCAGCUGCAGCAGGAGGCCUUCCAAAAAACCAUCAACCAGCCCAUCCAAGCCGACCCCAUCUGUGUCCACAAUUCCUCUCUCUUUGCUCUCCAGAACCUCCAGCCUUGGUCUGAUGACUCCACCAAGAUCACCAGUGUCACCACUGUCGCUUCUGCUUGCGAGUAAGGCUAGCACCUGCUGGUGGCAUGUGCACCUUCUGUUCGUGGGGUUGUCCCUGGGGGGACAAGGGGCAUCACUGGUGGGACACUUGGCAUCCCUGUUUCUCCCUGGGGAAGGCUGUCCCCAGCAGUCAUCUAGCCUCGUGUGCAUCCCAUGUGUCCAGCUGGGGAAAGCCUCCACAAGGACCGAAAGGAAGGGAAAACACCCCGAAAACUCUCCUUGCCUGUGGGGUUGCUGGAGCAGCAGUGGUGUCUCGCCUCCUCCCAACCCUUUUGUUCUCUUGAAAGUCUCCAGUGCCGACCGUGAACUUGCUGACUGCUGCCAGACAAAAAACCAGCUCUGACACACGGCUGCCGGCAUUCACCCAGCUGGGAAAGAACUUCCUUUGGAUUCUGCCAGCGGCAAUGCAAAGCCUGGAGUCACCCUUGUAUAUCUGUAUAUAUAUAUAUAUAUAUAUAUAUAAAGUGUGUAUAUAUAUAUAUAUAUAUAUGUAUACUUUGGACUGAUGGCUUGAAACAAAAGGAAGAGGCUCCCUGGAAAGCGCCUCUGCCAUGAGCCUCCUCAGGUUUUUCACACUGGAGACGUUUGGGGAUGCAACAAAUGGAGGAAACAGCAGCAAUUUCUGCUUGCUCCAGAUGGGAACCCUUUGGAUCUCACCUCACUGUCUCUCCUCCCCUUUUUCAUUAAUUUUUUUCUUGCAAGGGGGGAAUAAGAGAAGGAUCUGAUAGACUCCUGAGGAUGGUAAAUAUGAUAUCUCAAUUGUAUGAAGAGCCCAAACUGUCCCCAGCUGCCACGGACUCUAUGCCCAUCAGCGUGUAUUUUAAUAACGAGAAGACCCGGGUGGCAGUUUUAUGGGGGUAAUGCAGUUUCUUUCCAUGGAGUAUUUCCAUAUCAUUUGCAAAAUGUUGUCCAAUGUUUUAUUUUACCUGUUUCCCUUUAGAAGGCAGUUCCUGAUGGCAAAAAUCAAUUUCACUCUCAACCGUUUAACUUAGUUGUUUCUUUAAUUGUACUGAGGGAAUGAGACACAAUUAAGCAGAGCACUUCUUAUAGCAAAUACCAGGAAUAUAUAUAGAUAUAUAUAUACAGUAUAUAUUUUUCAGUUACUUGUAACCUAACACAGCACUGCCAAUUUAAGCAGCUAGUACAAACAAGCAAUCAGAAAACCUAUUUUCAGUGAGAUUUUUUAAGGCAUUCGUUUGUUUGGGUUUGAUUUUUUAAGUUAUGCACUUAAUAAGGUGUUUUCUGUGUACUCAUUUUAUAAAGUGCUUGUGUAAUUUAUGUGGAAACGAAAAAAAAAUCAAAAUAAAAAUCUCCAGGGUACUGAAUAAAUCAUUUAAAGCCUU